CUCGCCGUCGCACAGUUCCGUCGCCGACGCAAGAGACCUUCCUAUGCAGAACCUCUGCUGCUCGUGACACGCGUGGCACGUCAAGCAAGCAACGCGGCGGGCGGCUCAUGACCGCUGAUGCAGCUGAAGGCAUCCCCCCGCCUACCACGAUCGGCCUCGACCAGCAGGAUAUGGCCCAUGUUCGUCGCCGUUGCGCUGAGCGCCUGGUGCGUGUCGCUCGCUCAUGGCAUGACCGAUGACCACGUCGCCCACCUCCGCCGCAGCACCGAACACCUCUUCUACCAUGGCUUCGACAACUACAUGCACGUCGCCUUUCCCGAAGACGAGCUGAAGCCCAUAUCGUGCCAGCCCUUGACACGACGACGUGGCCGGGGCGCCGAUCAGGGCGAGAACGAUGUGCUGGGCAACUACAGCCUGACGCUCAUUGACUCGCUGUCGACAUUGGCCAUCCUUGCUUCCGGCCCGCAGGACGAUACGGCCGACAGGCGCAAUCCACUGCGCGAUUUUCAGGACGGCGUCGAGAGUGUCGUCGACCUGUACGGCGACGGAACGGGGUGUGGUACGCGGGCGUGCGGCUUUGAUUUGGACAGCAAGGUACAGGUCUUCGAGACCAACAUCCGCGGCGUGGGAGGACUACUGUCUGCACACCUGUUUGCUCUAGGCGAUCUCCCCAUCACGGGAUACAAUCCGAUCUGGGAGGAGGGCAGAAAGCCAGGCAUUAAGUGGAAGAAUGGCUUUCGAUACAACGGACAAUUGCUCCGUCUGGCCAAAGACUUGGCUGAAAGGCUGCUUCCUGCGUUCAGCACCCCUACUGACAUUCCCUAUCCGAGAGUCAACCUGCGUCACGGCAUUCCCUUCUACCGAGACGCAGACAAAGGCUUCUGUCGCGCAGACGGUACCUCUACAGCACCCCGCGAGAUCACUGAGACCUGUACCGCCGGUGCUGGCAGUCUGGUCUUGGAGUUCACAGCACUCAGUCGCAUGACUGGGGACAUUCGCUUCGAGCAGGUCGCCAAGAAAGCGUUCUGGGCCAUCUGGAAUCAGAGAUCACCCAUUGACCUGUUGGGGCACGGCAUCGAUGCCGAGACCGGUCACUGGCUACCACAUGGCCCAGUCCUCUCGGGUAUCGGCGCCGGCAUUGAUUCAUUUUUCGAGUAUUCUCUCAAGUCCCACAUUUUGCUUUCCAACUUGCCAUACAACCCAAACAACUAUUCUACCGAAUCGCCCGACAGUUUCCUCCGCGUAUGGGAACAGGCUCACGCUGCAGUCAAAAGGCACGUCUAUCGCGGACCAACGUCGGUCAAGCAUCCUUUCCACGCUCAAGUCGACUACCUCUCGGGAGCCGAUCGUGCUCCGUGGAUUGACAACCUUUCUGCAUACUGGCCAGGCUUACUCGUCUUGGCCGGAGAGCUGGACGAGGCAAUCGAGUCUCACCUGUUGUGGAGCGCGCUGUGGACAAGAUUCGGCGCACUGCCGGAACGCUGGAACGUGGGCAGUACCCAUCUCGAGACUAUGAAGCACUGGGCCGGCCGCCCCGAGUUCAUAGAGAGCACCUUCUACCUCUUUCAGGCCACCAAGGACCCUUAUUACCUUCACGUCGGCGAGAUGACUCUACGUGACAUUCGAAAAAGUUGCUGGACCGAGUGUGGCUGGGCUUCUCUCGAGGAUGUCACGACGGGCAGGCAAAGAGAUCGCAUGGAAAGCUUCUUCCUGGGCGAGACUGCAAAGUACCUGUAUCUGCUCUUCGCGCCAGAUCAUCCACUCAACAAACUCGAUCGACCUAUUGUCUUUACUACGGAAGGCCAUCCUCUCGUCAUCCCGGAGUCUGUCCGACACGACCAGGCUUUUGGGCCGCUCAACAAGCGCGACGAGCGACUGUACGCUCCAGCAACAGCAGCCAAGUGUCCAGCGCCUCCAUCGGCUUUGCCCCUGACAGUCAGCAACAUUGCCAACAGAGCAGAUCUAUUCCAUGCGGCAGCACUUGCACAGCUUCAUUUGGUCCCAGUCCAACCUCACCGCUCUUCCCCUUUAGAAGAAAGUUCGAACUACGGUCCUGGCAUCUCCUUUGCGGAUGUGCAUAGUCCUACCAACUAUACAUUCUACCCUUGGACAUUGCCGCAAAGUCUUGUGCCUGCGAAGGGGCUUUCUUCGCCCAUUGUCGUUCCAGUCACCACAACGCUCACUUUCCCGGCAAUUAUUCCGGAUGCGGACCGAGGAUCAUUUGCGCAUAGUGUGCCGGACGGCAUACUACUCCUGUCUCUCUCCAAUUUGCGCCUUGGUAUGAUUCAAGAACCGAGAAAAUUGCUACUGCCAGAUAGACAAGAAGUGAUUAUAGCAGGAGAGGAGUAUCGCAUCAAUACGAUUGCCAACUGGAAUCUCGGGAAAGACCAGCGAGUUCUGCUUGCAGGUAGUGCAUUGAAGGACCUGAAUGCCAAUGACCCUCACUUCACGCGCCACAAAGAUUUGGAGAUGAUCGAUCUCGUGCUGGAUCUUCCCCCUUUAGAUGAAAGCACUGAUGAUGAUGAUGGCGACGGCGCCGCUCCAGUGGCGGAGCUCGAUCUUUUGGAAAACGGUACCUUCGACGCAAUGUGGGACGAAAUCGACAAUAUGGUCAACAAAAUCUUCCCUGGGACUGACAAAUUCUCGGAAAAACUUCGCAGUAACAUUGGUGCUGCACCUUCAGCUGCCAGUAGUCCCCGGCGAGCUCAGACGAUCCCAGGCCCAAUCACGAGACAACUGAUUCCAGCCAUCCUGCCCACCGGGAUCGGAUCCCAUCCCCCUGGAGGCUCUGGAAUGGAUAUUGACGUGCUCGCUAUUCCAGCUGGUCAGCUCCCUCUGAAGAACAUUUACUACCUUGACGAUACACUUUGUCAACAUCGACUCCCUGCGCACAUUACGAGGAGAUAUCAAAUUCUUGUUGUACUUCGGGGUGGGUGUUCGUUUGGGGAGAAGUUGGAGCAUAUUCCAGCCUUUGUUUCGGGCAAGGAUUCUUUGCAGCUUGUAGUGGUUGUCAGUAACUUCUCCAAAGACAGCGGAGACGGAUCUCACAGGAAUGAAGAAGGCCUCGUCCGACCGCUUUUAGAUCACGUUCAAAAGACUCCAAACGGGCUGGUCAGACCGCAUUCGAUUGCCAUGUGCAUGGUCGAUGGGAGCCACAUUCCCACUGUCCGAUAUGGCGUCAACGUUGCCGCCGAAGGUUCUCGCGAAUUCCCACAAGAGGAUGCAGCAAGUCUAUUGAAGAGAGUCGCGAGCGUCACCGGUAGAUUCGACGCAUCUGGCAAGAUUCAAGAAGUUUCUCGUUCUUCUUCUUCUUCUUCUUCUUCGCGCAAGAGUGGAGGUGUAGCUGGCGCUGGUGCGGAUAUGGGCCAAGGCAUGGGUGUCAAACGACGAUAUUGGUUCGAGAGUAUGGGUGUUCCUAUUGGUAACCUGUUGAUGGCUUAGGUUAGGAUAUAUUUCC